UUUUAACUGUCAUGCUGCAAUUCUAGCAAUUUCCAAAUGCAAAGACUCCCAUAUCUCAUUCUGUUUCCUCUUUUCCUGCCACUUUUAGUUAUCGGACAACAAACAAACGGUUCGGUAUCUGUUGGCUCAUCCCUCUCAGCUACAGACGACGCCAAACCAUGGCUUUCACCUUCUGGUGAUUUUGCCUUUGGGUUCCAACGAAUUCAAGCGAACGAUAGCUUCUUGUUAUCCAUAUGGUAUGACAAGAUACCGGACAAAACCGUCAUCUGGUAUCCAGAAGGAGGUCCUACAGUGCCUAAAGGAUCGAAAGUUGAGCUAAUCAAUGGGCGUGGGCUCGUACUGAGUGAUCUUCAAGGCGUAGAGGUAUGGACUUCUGGGUCUGGUUCAGAUAUUGCAUAUGGUGUUAUGAAUGAUACGGGUAACUUUGUGAUUGUUGGUAACAAUUCUAACAAGAUUUGGGAGAGUUUAGAUUUUCCAACAGAUACUAUGCUGCCUAGUCAAGUUAUGGAGAAAGGCGGAGUGAUUUAUUCGAAAAUGAGUGGAACAAACUUCUCUAACGGAAGGUUCCAGCUCCGUCUGCUUCAAGAUGGGAAUCUUGUUCUCAACACUCGAGACAUAGCUUCCAAUUUCGCUUACGCUGCUUACUACGCCACUAGAACUGAUGAUUCCUCCAAUCAAUCAAAUUCUGGUGAACAACUGAUCUUUGAUGCAACCGGAUACUUGUAUAUUUUGAGAAGAAAUGGCAAAAGAUUCGAUCUUACACCAAGCCAGGAACUUCCGUUAGGAGACUAUUAUCACAGAGUUACGCUAGAUUUUGAUGGGGUUUUGACCCAAUACUAUCACCCCAAGGGUUCCGGUAACAAUUCAAGCUGGGAAAUCGUAUGGUCGUAUCCUGAAAACAUAUGUCUUAGUUUCCGGGGAGCUGAAGGUAGCGGAGCUUGUGGAUUUAACAACGUCUGCAGCCUUGAUCAGGAUAAUCGACCAAAGUGCGAGUGCCCACAAGGGUUUUCAUUGCUUGAUCCCAGUGAUCCAUAUGGUGACUGCAAGCCAUAUUACUUUCCAAACUGUGAGGAAGGUGAGUCCAAGGGAGACGCUUUCGAUUUCGUGGAGCUCACUGAUAUUGACUGGCCAACAUCGGAUUAUGUCAUCAUGAACCCAACUAGUGAACAGGAUUGCAAAAAUGCCUGCUUGAAUGAUUGUUUCUGUGCUGUUGCAAUUUACAGGGGAAAUAAAUGUUGGAAGAAGAAGCUUCCGCUCUCCAACGGAAAGGUUGACGAUUCACUUAACGUGAAAGCUUUUGUUAAAUUCCGAAAAGGUGAUCUUCCUCCUUCGACCCCUCCCCGUUAUUCAAGAAAGACGAAUGAUCGACAAACCUUGAUAAUUGUGGGAUCGGCCCUCUUUGGUACCUCUGUGCUCGUAAACGUAGUACUGAUCAGUGCGAUUUGUGUUGGUUUCUUCCUACUCUAUCAGAAAAAAGCCGGGAAUCUUAAUCCAGGUAGUAACACUAUCGAAACAACUCUUACUCAUUUUAAGUAUCGACAGCUCGUCCAUGCUACUAAUGGGUUCAAGGACGAACUGGGAAGGGGGGCUUUCGGGAUAGUCUAUAAAGGUGUAAUAGGGGCAAACAUCGUGGCGGUGAAGAAGUUGGAUAGGGUGGUUCAAGAUGGCGAAAAGGAAUUCCAGACCGAGGUGAAUGCGAUUGCAAAGACUCAUCACAAAAACUUGGUGCGGCUUCUUGGCUAUUGUGAUGAUGGCGAGCAGCGGCUGCUGGUUUAUGAGUACAUGAGUAAUGGUACGUUGGCAAGCUUUCUUUUCGGAAACAUGAGACCCAGUUGGAACCAUAGAUGCCAUAUAGCAUUGGGCAUCGCAAAGGCACUCGCAUACCUUCAUGAAGAGUGUAGCACCCAGAUCAUCCACUGUGAUAUAAAGCCUCAGAACAUACUUCUUGAUGAGUACUACAAUGCUCGGAUUUCCGACUUUGGAUUGGCGAAGCUUUUGUCGAUGAAUCAGAGUCGAACGAAUACGGGAAUACGAGGAACGAAAGGAUAUGUGGCUCCGGAGUGGUUCAGGAAUGCACCGGUGACGGUAAAGGUGGAUGUGUACAGCUUCGGUGUGUUGUUGCUAGAGAUUAUUUCAUGCCGAAAGAGUGUGAAGGAGUAUGGGAAUGGUGAUGAAUAUGGAGUAGUGAUCUUGACUGAUUGGGUCUGGGAUUGCUAUCAAGAAAACAGAUUGGAUUUGGUUGUUGAGAAUGAUUCAGAGGUGUUAGAUGAUGUGAAGAAACUAACGACGUUUGUGAAGGUGGGUCUUUGGUGUGUUCAAGAAAAGCCAGGUCUGAGGCCAACGAUGAGGGAAGUCAUCCAGAUGCUUGAAGGAGUUGUCGAAGUAAGAGAACCUCCAUGUCCAUCCCCUUUCUCUGUCACCUUGAGCUAAUCAUCAAAUUGGAUUUGGAUUUUAUCGAUCUGGAAAUUGAAGUUCAUGUAGACUUGUUCAUCGAUG